UAAAAUAAAAAAAGUAUAAAAGACACUUAGGUUCUAAUCCCGAACAAGAAAAAUAAAUGCUAGACUUUCUUUAAGUAAAUAACCUCGAAGAUUUAAUAAAAUAAACGAUUCCUCCUCAUAUAUACGAUUCAAAUACUCUUGAAUAUAACAAUAGCAAAAUCCCUAAAGAUCCAAAAACUGAACAAGAAGUUCUUUCCCAUUUACAAGAAUUAUCUUAAAAAAACAAGCUUUAUAAGAACUAUAUAGGCUGUGGGUUUUAUGGAACACACACUCCUCCUGUUAUUUAACGUAAUUUAUUUGAAAACCCAGGCUGGUAUACUGCUUAUACACCAUAUUAAGCCGAAAUAGCCCAAGGAAGGCUUGAAAGUUUAUUAAAUUUUUAAUAAAUAGUCAUUGAUUUGACUAAUCUUCCGGUUGCAAAUGCUUCGCUUUUAGAUGAAUCUUCGGCAGCGGCGGAAGUAUUAAAUUUGUCACUAAAUCAUACUUUAGGAAAAAGAAGGAAAUUUUUUAUUUCUUAAGGUGUUUUUCCACAAACUAAAUCUGUAGUUAGGACUAGGGCGCGUUUUUUAGACAUAGAAAUAAUCGAGGAUGAUCAUUUGAAAUUCGAUUGGGAAAAAAACGAGGAAUUUUUGUGCGGAAUUCUCCUCUAAACGCCAGAUUAAGAAGGUUUAUUGCAUGAUUUCACUUCUAUCUUCCAUAAAUUUAAGGAUCCAAAAAAAAUUAUCAAAGCAGUAGCCUCGGAUCUAUUAUCUCUUACACUAAUUAAGCCUAUAGGAGAUAUGGGAGCAGAUAUUUGUUUAGGAAAUUCCUAAAGAUUAGGUGUCCCAAUGGGUUAUGGAGGGCCAGCAGCCGCAUUUUUUGCUGCUAAGGAUGAAUUUAAAAGAAAAUUGCCGGGAAGAAUUAUUGGAGUAUCUAAAGAUAUGGAAGGUUAACCUGCUUUAAGGAUGGCUUUAUAAACUAGAGAAUAACAUAUUAAAAGGGAAAAGGCAACAUCUAAUAUAUGCACAGCUUAGGCUUUAUUAGCUAAUAUGGCUGCUAUGUAUUGUAUAUAUCAUGGGCCUUAAGGUUUAAAAGAAAUUUCUUUAAGAAUUAACGGAUUUGCAUAGGUUUUAUGGAGUUUAUUAAAGAAUUUAAACUAUGAUUUAGUUGGUUAAAAAGAUUAAAUUUUUGAUACUGUAACAAUCAAUUUAAAACCGAAAAAAGUAAAUGAAAUAAUAUAAUUAUUUGAAAAUAAUUAAAUUAAUCUUAGAAAAACUUCUGAUGAAAAAAUAAGUAUAUCCUUUGACGAAACUCAUACUUUUGAAGAUCUUCAAUAGCUUUUUAACAUUUUCGCUGAUUACAAAUAGCAUUCUCAUUAAAGUCUUCUCGAAUUAAACACUGAAUAAUACCUGUCUUAAAUAUGCUAGACCCUAAAAAGGCCUUAAGACAAUUAUUUAUAGCAACCAAUAUUCAAUUAAUACCAUUCAGAGACCGAAAUGAUGCGAUAUUUACACAAACUUCAAUCCAAAGACAUCUCUUUAGUGCAUUCAAUGAUUCCUUUAGGUUCUUGUACUAUGAAAUUGAACGCCGCGAGUUAAUUAAUUCCUGUUUCCUACCCCGGUUUUUCCAAAUUGCACCCUUACGUACCCCCAGAAUAGGCUUUAGGAUAUAAAGAAAUGCUUGAAAACCUUUCCGAAUACCUAAAAGCAGUAACUAAAUUCGACGGGAUUUCGCUAUAACCAAACAGUGGUGCGACAGGAGAAUACGCAGGUCUUUUAGUAAUAAAAUAAUACCUAUAAAGCAUAAAUUAAGGCCAAAGAAAUCUAUGUUUGAUCCCAACUUCAGCCCACGGCACAAACCCGGCAAGUGCUGUAGUUUGCGGAAUGCAAUUGUAAUCAAUAAAUGUCGAAAACGGUUAAAUAGAUGUAGAUUCAUUAAAAAAAGAAGCAGAAAAACAUAAAAAUAAUCUAGCGGCUUGCAUGAUUACAUACCCUUCCACUAGUGGUAUAUUUGAAAGUAAAGUAAAGUAAAUUAUUGAUAUAGUGCAUUUUUAUGGAGGAUAAGUAUACAUGGAUGGGGCAAAUAUGAAUGCCUAAACUGGGUUUACAUCACCAGGAUUUCUAGGAGCGGAUGUCUGUCAUUUGAAUUUGCAUAAAACCUUUGCUAUACCCCAUGGAGGAGGAGGACCGGGAAUGGGACCUAUUGGAGUAAGAAAACAUUUAGUUCCAUUUUUACCAGGAGGAAGUGGGUUUUGGAGAAAAAAGGAUAAUAAUGUGGCAAGUAGUGGGUUUGGUAGUGCUAGUAUUUUGGCUAUUUCUUAUUCAUAUUUUCUUUAGUUAGGAUAGGAUGGGGUUAGAAAAAGUACAGGGUUUGCAAUUCUAAAUGCUAAUUAUUUAAGGAAGAGAUUGUAAGGGUACUUUAGUGUGCUUUUUGAAAAAGAUUUCAAUAGAUGCGCACAUGAAUUUAUUAUUGAUUGUAGACCUUUUAAAGAAUAUAAUGUUAAGGAAGUUGAUAUUGCAAAAAGAUUAAUGGAUUUUGGAUUUCAUGCACCUACAAUUAGUUUUCCUAUUGCAGGUACAUUAAUGAUUGAACCAACGGAAUCUGAAUCUAAGUAAGAAUUAGAUAGAUUUGCAGAAGCUUUAAUAUUUAUAAGAAACGAAAUUUAAGAUAUUAUUGAUGGAAAAAUAGAUAAAGAUAAUAAUCCCCUUAAAAAUGCACCACAUUCACAUACUGUGGUUACUAAAAGUGAGUGGAAAUAUCCUUAUUCUAGAGAAUAAGCAGCUUAUCCCUUAGCUUGGGUCAAAAGUAGAGGUAAAUAUUGGCCUCCAGUUAGUAGGAUUGAUGAUCCUUAUGGAGAUCGUAAUUUCUAAUGUUCUUUGAAUGGUUAUUGUUGA